GCUGAAGCGCGCUCCCGAAUUCUCUCAUUGGACGGACGGACGGAGACGCGCAGGAAUGGCAGCGGCAGCACGAGACCGGGAUUUAACGAAAUAAUUAUACGUUUUACUUCAUUUUCACGUGCUGUGCUUUUGCGAAAUAAUCUUUUAUCUUCGCGUGCACCUUUUUAUCACUUUUGUUUCAGUCAUAAAUACAUUUGAGAUCCAAACGCAUGGCUUUUGUUUGAAAAGAGUGUGAACGGGAAAGAAACGAAACACCCAGUAGUCGGACGGAUUGUCUUUAUCUUGAAAAGAAAGUCAUUUAUUCAUCUCAUCUGCUUUGGAAAUAUAAAUGAUGUCUUCAGCUCGGGUAGAUUAUAUCGCUCCAUGGUGGACUUACUGGCUCAAUCAGUUUCCUCACGUCAAUUUGAGAUUUCAACCUUUGGAUCACACGUUUAAACCUCAGGAUGAAAACUACCAGCAGUCUCUCAUCUUUAUCGGUUGUGUAGCAGCGGCCGGUCUCGGAUUAAAUUUGCUAUGCCUGGCAAUAUACCUGAGCUUUCUCUGCUGCUGUCGGAAAGAUGAGGAAGAAGAGGAGAGUAAGAAGUCCAAUUCCUGCUGUGUCACAUGGGCGGCUGUUGCUGCCGGGCUCAUCUGCUGUGUUGCAGUGGGAGUGGGUUUUUAUGGAAACAGUGAAACAAAUGAUGGGGUGUACCAGCUGACCUAUUCCCUCUACAAUGCCAACCACACGCUCACAGGAGUGGACAGUUUGGUGACGGGGACUAUGGGAGGAAUGCAGAAUGGCCUUAAGGAGCACUUGUCCCGAUUGAAUGAGAUCUUUGCAGUGCGGGGAGACUUUGUUCAGACUCUGCAGUUCAUGCAACAAAUGGCAGACAACGUCAUUAAGCAGCUACUGGGACUUCCUGAAUGGGAAAAAGCAAAAGUAGACCUGGCCGCCAUAGCAGAUCAGACGGCAUAUGUGGAGUAUUACAGGUGGUUGACAUACCUGCUGAUUCUGAUUUUGGAUCUGGUGAUCUGUCUGGCUGCCUGUCUCGGCCUGGCCAAACAAUCCCGCUGGCUGCUCACCACAAUGAUGGUGUUUGGUGUUCUCACUCUCAUCCUGAGCUGGGCAUCUCUUGGAGCGGAUGUGGCCACAGCAGUGGGCACAAGUGAUUUCUGUGUUUCGCCCGACAAAUAUCUGAUGAACCAAACAAAAGAUGUUAUCAGUUCGGAUAUCGUGCACUAUUACCUGUACUGCAGCCAGACCCUCCCAAACCCAUUUCAGCAGUUUGUUUCACAGUCCCUGACGCUCUUCCAGAGAUCUCUUACCACCAUGCAGAUUCAGAUUCAGGGGCUUUUGCAGUUUGCUGUGCCUCUCUUCCCCACAGCAGAGGGGGAUUUAUUGAAUAUUCAGCAGUUAUUGAAUAAUUCAGAGGCCAGUUUACACCAGCUUACAGCCUUGCUGGACUGCAGAGGACUCAAUAAGGACUAUCUGGAUGCCUUGAUGGGUGUGUGUUAUGAUGGUGUAGAGGGUUUACUGUAUCUGUGUCUGUUCUCCUUGCUGGCUGCCACAGCCUUCUCCAUCAUGUUGUGUGCUAUCCCAAGAGCAUGGAGGCAGAUCGCCAACAGAGAACGGGAUUAUGAUGACAUGGAUGAAGGAGACCCGUUCAACCCUCAGAGUCGACGAAUGACGUCGCAUCACUCGCAUCCAGCCAACAUGCACAGUUUCUGUAGUUACAGUAGCAGCAUGGGCAGUCAGACAAGUCUACACCCUCCUACACAGGCGGUGUCCAACGCCCCUGUCUCAGAGUACAUGGGCCAGUCUGCGCUGUUUGGUGGAAACCCACGCUUUGAAAAUGUGCCUCUGAUCGGUAGAGGAUCUCCUCCCCCUUCGCUUUACUCACAGCCAUAUAGAAACAGCUAUUCUCCAACUAUGAGAGCUACCUACCUCUCCAUGACUGAGGACCAGAUCAGACACUUUGGCGAGGAUUUCCGGGCAUAGAACUGAUCUCCUUUCCCCGGAAAUGUACAUGUUUUUCUGGCAUGAUUCAGGAAUAUGGACGCACAGAGAACUCUUGCGUGACCUUUUUUGUGUUUGACUCUAUUUGGAUCGCCGGACCACAGUGUGGGAACAUAAUUUUGGAGCGCUCUCUUUCUCUCUGUGUGUUUGUGUCCAGAUGGGUGCGUGCUUGUAUGUCUGUGUGUUUGUUAUUAAUCCUGAUGGUGCAUCUACUGACACGCUACUGUGAGGUGCUGAAAUGUAUAUUCUGUAAUACUCUGUUUGUUUACUGUCUAUGUUUCAAUCAGGUGUAUUGGUCUUCCCUAUAAUGCUGUUUGGGCCAAUGUCUAAAUGCUAGACCUGGAAUGCCAACUCAGAUGUUUUAACGUAAAUUACAGUCAUAACUCAAAACAGUUUUUUUUAAGUACUGUAUGUUGCCAAUAUGUUUCCUUUUAACAGCAUACAUGCAUAAAUAACACAGCAGCUUUAAAAUGUUCAUUUGAGGUAUGACUGUAAUUUGUGUUGUAGAGCAACACGUGAGCGUAAUGUUAGCCAUAAACAUUAUUUUACUUUACCACUCUUCUGAAAUCUUGCAAGUAAUUCUUGAGGGAAUCCGUUGCAUGAAUAUGCAAAUGUUUUCCAUGUUAUAAAACUACAACCUGAACAUCUUUAUUGCCAUUACAACUAUAGAAACUCUCCAAUGUGAAUAUCAGAAACUUUCAAACACAUUUUACCAGACUUAAUACAUGACCUUAAAAAGGUUAGCCAUUUGUUAUAUUAAAAAAAUAAUGUACAUAAAACAAAUCAUUGUUGACACUGGGUGAACUUUUCUAAGCAAACUGUUGCUCAUGAAAAGUUGUAUUAUGUUGUUUAGUUAUUGUGCAGUAUGAACUUUGCAGAUAUGUCAUCUUUUUUUUUAAUGAUGGCUAACUGUACAGAUACUAAUGUAUUUUUUUCCUUAUUUUGAUUGAAAAAAAAAAUUCCAAAAUGUUUUAUGUGCCCAAGAACUGAAGCAUUUUUGUGCCAUGAGAUUUUUGCAUUCAAAUAUGCAUUCCUGGUGAACAAGGGUUGUAUCAAAAAUAUUUGAUAGCAAAUAUCUACUAAAAGCCUGAAAGUUUUGUAUGGCUGGGAUGGUAAACGAAAUAAAGUUCAUUUUUUAUUCAUGUAGAGCACAAACUGGUCGCUGGAGGUUUGUAGUGGCCUUUAAAGUGUUUAAAUGUACUUGCAUGAGGCCAACAUCAUUUCCCAUCAAGCACAAGUAAGAUGUCAUUUUAUGACUUUUGAGUUAAAAUGACAAACCUUUUUACCAAAUCAUUUGUUUCAAGCAGAGCACUGAGCCAAGUCCUUCCCUUGUUGCAAGUGUUUGCCUACUAGUAGGUCUAGUUUUUAUGUUUUGUAUUAACAUGACCAACUGUAAAUAACUUGUAUGAUAACAGAUGUUGUGUAUUUUUUAUUUUGUUUGGUUCAUUCUUGUGUGCCACUACAUGUUUGAUGAUAAAAUCAACUACUUGGACAGAAAACAGUGUCCUCAUUUGAUAUUGCAAUAUUGUCUUACAAUUAGGGGUCCUUGUUAGCAUCUUUUUAUUGCCUAGUUAGACUGUUUUUUUAUACAUUUUCAACUUUAUUUUAAUACUUUGGGUGCAUGGACACAGUGCUGUCUUAUGC